GUCCAGGGCUCCUCUUGUCCGCGACCGGAGCUCGGAAUGUAAUCCAGGAUGCUGGCCCUGAGGCUGCUCAACGUGGUGGCCCCCGCCUACUUCCUGUGCAUCUCCCUGGUGACCUUCGUGCUGCAGCUCUUCCUCUUCCUGCCCAGCAUGCGCGAGGACCCCGCGGCCGCCCCGCUCUUCUCGCCCGCGCUGCUCCACGGGGCGCUGUUCCUGUUCCUCUCAACCAACGCCCUGGGCAAUUACGUCCUGGUCAUCCAGAACUCUCCGGAUGACCUGGACGCCUGCCAGGGGGCCUCGGCCAAGAGGGCUCCAUGCCCCCCGCCCAGCACCCACUUCUGCCGAGUGUGCGCCAGAGUCACCCUGAGGCACGACCAUCACUGUUUCUUCACCGGCAACUGCAUCGGCAGCAGAAACAUGCGCAACUUCGUCCUGUUCUGCCUCUACACCUCCCUUGCCUGCCUCUACUCCAUGGUGGCCGGCGUGGCCUACAUCUCUGCCGUCCUUUCCAUCUCUUUCGCCCACCCCCUGGCCUUCCUCACGCUCCUUCCCACCUCCAUCAGCCAGUUCUUCUCUGGAGCUGUCCUCGGUUCUGAAAUGUUCGUCAUCCUCAUGCUCUACCUCUGGUUUGCCAUCGGCCUGGCCUGCGCCGGCUUCUGCUGCCACCAGCUGCUGUUGAUCCUCCGGGGGCAGACCCGCCAUCAGGUGCGGAAGGGGGUGGCGGUGAGGGCCCGGCCCUGGCGCAAGAACUUACAGGAGGUCUUCGGGAAGAGGUGGCUGCUGGGCCUGCUCGUCCCCAUGUUCAAUGUCGGAGGUGAGAGCUCAAAGCAGCGGGACAAGUAG